UUUCUCAGUCGCUUUUCUCGAUAAUUCAACAGACUAAAACAAAUGAACGUAUACGUAUUUGGCUCAUCGAAGCUGCCUUGUGCUGUCGGCAUGUUCGUGGUGGUGGCAGUAUUCACACUAGCCUUGCUGCUGCUAAACAGCAACCGCGUCGGCAUCAGACUGCCGUACGAGCCCAAGGAGGUUUACACUGAUGCUCUAAACAGCACACUUGGGUUCCACAAGAUCUACGCCACAUAUGAUCCAGUAAAGCCGGCUGCCGAUCUACUCGAUAUCCAGAUCGAGUACAUUCCAAGACACAGCCUCGAAGAAGCGACCAAGCAGCGCGAGGAGCGCGGGUAUUUGGCACCGGUCCCUGAUAUUGCGGAAUUUAUAACACAUAUGGCUAUCUACAAGGAUAUGGCGGAAUUCAAUAUCCAAUCGGCGCUUAUCCUCGACAGCAGCAUCGACAUGGAGCUUGAUUUGAAGAUGCGGCUGGCAUCGGCACUGGGAAAUGGAAUUGCCACCAGCUACGAUCUUCUGUUUAUUGGCCGUGAAUUUUCUGAGCAGUCCGAGCCCGGUGUCGACGAUGCCACCAAGAGCUCAUCCGAGCGGUGCUUGCGGCACUGGACCAAAAUCAAUUUCCUGAACCGCCAGCCACUCGCCUUCCGCACAUCCUACCCACACGGCACUCAUGCAUACGUGGUGAAUAACCACCUGGCACGGAGGUUGUUGCGGCGGCUGCCUAGUAGGAUGACGAAAGAGGAGCAUGACUUGGACUAUGUGUUGGCAGACACGGCUAUGCUCGGCCUGUCGAUUGCAUAUAGCAUCUCCCCGCCCCCGAUUACCAGGGUAGCUAAGGACUCUGCUAGCAACGGGCAAAUGCAGCAGUAUUUGACAAGGUCCACGAUGUAUGCAAUAUCGCUUCGUGGCGAUAAUCCGAACCAGUAUUCGCCAUAUUUGGACUGGUUGGACAUAUGGCGCGACGAUUAAAUUUCAUUCGCACCACAUGGCGCUAGAAAGACG